AAUAAAAAAGUUCUCCUCUCCACCGCCCGAUCUCAUAUUAUAUCUAAGUAUUUCCUAAAAGCUUUGGUUCUAUCGACCCCAUUUCUACAAAAAUAAAUAAAUAAGAGGUGGAUCGAUCAAGACAAAAGGGGAAUAAAAAAUGGAGGGUGAAAUGAACAACUUCAUCAAGGUAUGGUUUUCAGUCUUGGUUUCUUUAUCUUAUUGCUAUGUUAUGGCUAAACUAGUCUCAAAUGGUAUCAAAAGACUCAUCUUUUUUCUCCCAAUAAUAUUCAUCUUUUUCUUUCUCCCUCUCAAACUCAAUUCUGUUAAUCUAGUUGGUGGCACUAGCUUCUGCAUUUCAUGGCUUGCAAACUUCAAACUCUUACUCUUAGCUUUUAACAAAGGCCCUUUAGCUUCAAACCCAUCAUCAUCAUCAUCACUCUCUUUUGGGCGUUUCAUUGUUAUAGCUUCAUUCCCUAUUGAAAUCAAAGAAAGCAACACAAACCCAUCUUCACAAAACUCACAUUUUCCAACAAAAACUCACAAAAACAAACAAAACCCAUCUCAGAAAAACCCUAAACCAGUCAUCAACUUCACAAUAAAGACUCUUCUUUUAGCCAUUCUAAUUCGAGUGUGUAAUAAUAACCAAGACCAUAAUUUUCACCCCAAUGUCGUUUUAAUUCUCUACUUCUUCUUAACAUACCUUGUACUCGAGACCAUUUUGGUCACGGUGGCCACCUUGGUUCGAGUCAUGGCCGGAGUCGAGCUCGAGCCACAGUUCAACGAGCCAUACCUCUCGACCUCGCUACAGGACUUCUGGGGAAGAAGGUGGAACCUCAUGGUAACGCGUAUACUACGCCCCACCGUAUUCGUACCCAUCUUCAGAUUCUCUUCGACUCUCAUAGGUCACAAGUGGGCUGGGCUCCCUGCUGUGAUAGUAACUUUCGUCGUGUCUGGUUUGGUUCACGAGCUUAUGUACUUCUACAUGGUUCGAACGCCUCCCACGUGGGAAGUGACCUCGUUCUUCGUCUUGCAUGGGCUGUGUUUGACGGUCGAGAUCGUUUUGAAGAAGGGUUUGAGUGACACGUGGCGGUUGCCCGGGUUGGUGUCUGGAGCGUUGACUAUUGGGUUUGUGAUGUUGACUAGCUUUUGGUUGUAUUUUCCACAACUCAUUCGGUGCAAGGCUGAUGUUAGAGCUCUUGAAGAGUAUGCAAAAUUUGGAAACCUUUUGGGGAAGAUGGGCAGUCAAAGUUACCAUCUUUGGACUAAGUUUCGGUCUCAAUUCUAGAUCUUUUAAUUACUUGUAUAUGACACUUGCUAUAUUUUUGUAAAGGAAAAUAUACUAUAUUUUUUAAGAAUUUGAGUCAUAAAAUUUGUAUGUUAUACCUUUUU